AUGGCGGCGAGUCGGAUUAGGAGCGCCUUCGCGGUGCCCCGAAAGGGCGAGACCUUUGAACUGAGGGCAGGCCUAGUCUCGCAAUAUGCCUACGAAAGCAGGAAGGAAGCCAUCCAGAAGACCAUCAUGUCCAUGACCCUGGGCAAAGAUGUUUCCGCAUUGUUUCCGGAUGUUCUUAAGAACAUUGCUACACCUGAUCUCGAUCAGAAGAAGCUCGUAUACUUAUAUCUCAUGAAUUAUGCCAAAUCGCAUCCCGAUCUUUGCAUUCUUGCCGUAAACACAUUUGUACAGGACGCUGAAGACCCGAAUCCGCUAGUCCGCGCUCUGGCCAUCCGAACAAUGGGCUGUAUAAGAGUAGAUAAGAUGGUUGAUUACAUGGAGGACCCUCUACGGAAAACAUUACGAGACGAAUCGCCAUACGUUCGCAAGACGGCUGCGAUUUGUGUGGCGAAGCUCUUCGACUUGAAUCCCACACUAUGCAUUGAGAACGGCUUCCUAGACACUCUCAAGGAAUUGAUUGGUGAUCCGAAUCCCAUGGUGGUAGCCAACUCUGUGACAGCGCUCAAGGAGAUCAACGACUCGGCACCUGAGACGAAGGCAUUGGUCAUCACAUCACAUACAUUGAAGAAAAUGCUGAUGGCUCUCAAUGAGUGUACGGAGUGGGGUAGAGUGACAAUCUUGAGUACUCUUGCGGAAUACCAUGCAUCAGACGUCAAGGAAUCGGAGCAUAUCUGUGAAAGAGUGUCGCCACAGUUUCAGCAUGCUAACCCAAGCGUUGUCCUUGCAGCCGUCAAGGUAGUCUUUUUGCACAUGAGAGCAGUCAACUCGGAAUUAAAUAAACAAUAUUUGCGAAAAAUGGCUCCUCCUUUAGUGACACUGGUAUCAUCUGCACCUGAAGUGCAAUAUGUCGCACUCCGAAAUAUCGAACUCAUCCUGCAAAAGCAGCCGGAUAUCCUUACCAAGGAAUUACGAGUAUUCUUUUGCAAGUACAAUGACCCGCCGUACGUCAAGCUUCAAAAGCUCGACAUCAUGGUUCGGAUCGCCAGCGAGAAGAACAUGGACCAGCUCCUCGCCGAGCUGAAAGAGUAUGCGCUUGAAGUCGACAUGGACUUUGUUCGUCGUGCAGUCAAGGCUAUUGGCCAGGUAGCAAUCAAACUGGAGGCGGCGAGCGAAAAGUGCGUCAAUGUCUUACUCGACCUCAUUGCCACCAAAGUCAACUAUGUCGUGCAGGAAGCGAUUGUGGUUGUCAAGGACAUUUUCCGAAAAUAUCCUGGCUACGAAGGCAUCAUUCCGACGUUAUGCCAAUGCAUCGAUGAGCUGGAUGAACCCAAUGCGCGGGCUUCCCUCAUCUGGAUUGUGGGCGAAUACGCCGAGAAGAUUAACAACGCCAACGAAAUUCUUUCCGGAUUCGUAGAAGGAUUCAAUGAGGAGUUUACUCCUGUACAACUCCAAAUCCUGACGGCCGUGGUUAAGCUUUUCCUGAAGAAGCCCGAUCAAGGCCAAGGCUUGGUCCAAAAGGCGCUACAAGCUGCUACAGCGGAAAACGAUAACCCCGACAUUCGAGACCGCGCAUACGUCUACUGGCGAUUACUUUCCAGUGAUCCGCAAAUAACAAAGAACGUUGUAUUGUCAGACAAACCAGCCAUUACUUCCACCAUUCCUUCGCUCCCUCCCGCUCUCCUCGAUCGACUCCUCAACGAACUCUCUUCGCUCGCAUCCGUGUAUCACAGGCUUCCCGAAACAUUUAUCGGCCAAGGUCGCUUUGGCGCCGAAGCCAUGCAAAAGGCCGCCAUCGAAGAGCAAAUGCAAAACGCGCGCGAGAACCCCCUGGCGGCCAACGCCGCCGCUACCGCUGCCGCCGUCGUCUCCGGCGGUCCCGCCCCGACCGCAAACGCCGAAAACCUGCUCGACAUCGACUUUGACGGCGCCGCUCCUGCAUCUGCCCAGAAACAGCCCCAGCCGGGCCUCACGGGCCUGGAAGGUCUCGGCGGAACGCCAGUCCGCAUCGACACACCCGCGUCGAACAACGCACUAGACGACCUCAUGGGCGUGUUUGGCUCAAGUGGCGGCGCGGCCCCUCCCGCUGCUGCGGCUGCGGCUGCGGCUGCACCGAAUGGCGGCGCCGGACAAGGGCAAGGACAAGGACAAGCUGGAGGACAACAGCAACAACAGCAACAACAACAGCCAAAGAAGAAUAAUGAGGACAUAUUAGGACUUUUCUAG